AUGUUCUGCCGGUUGGUGAGCGAGGUGCGUACACGCGAUGAACCUGCUAAGCGCGGCGUAGUCUUCCUCAACGGUGAGACAAAGUUCCGCCAAGGUGUUUCGGUGUCACAUACGACGAAGCUGUGGGCAAAACGAUGUUCUCUUAAUGAUGAAAGAUAUUCCCGGAAGAUAAACACGAUGUUACGUCCAGUAGAUGUUGUUACCUGUGACUUUCCUCCAAUGCCCAUCGGUGAUAUGGAUGAGAUUUAAACCUCUUGAUAUCAUUCACAGCUUCUGUGUCACUUGUUAAAUUUUAUGUUUUUUAAUAUUGGUCUCCUAGCUAUAAGGUUUUUUUUGUUGAUACCUGUCUCAC